AUGUCAACUCUGCGGCUCGUUCUUAAACUUGCCCGAGCGGAUCCAAUUGCAGAUCUCGUGCCGGACCAAGGCAUUGGGCUCCAAUUCACGCUUCCACCCGUCCCCUUUAACGACUCAAUCACCGAGCCCGAACACAUCGACACCUCACUCGAGGCUCGCCAAACCACUGGGCUCGCAAGCUGGAUGGCCCAUUGGUAUCCCCCUCCCCAGUGUAGCGACAGUGCUUGUACCGUCACGUCAGAGGACGAUCUUCCGCACAUCCAGAUCAACGGAGACGGGUUCACCCCUGGCGGACUAGUCUUUGGCGGCAUCUAUAACUGGCCCGCCAACACCUUAUCUUGGGGCGGCAACGCCAAUGCACAGAGCUGA